AUUAGAUCUGGGAGUACGUUGCUGACUAUGCACCGCUCCCACUGUAUAUGGACAGGACUCGCUGAAUACCGGCCCAAGCCUCAAGCGUCCGAACUUCGGAAGUCCGAACGCAGAAGUGAAGGGUCACAGUAUCGUCUCACACUCUCGCUCACAGGGAACGCCGACCGCCAAGCCGCCCAGACACCGACGCAGCGACGGCUGCGAGCCUGCGACGCUUGGCUGCCUCUCGAUUUCCUACCGGCGCUCGGACCCGCUCCUUCUCAGUGGACCUGCCGCCUGCGAUUCCGAUUCUUCCCACAAGGCCAGAACUCCAGAAAUCAGCCCCUUCUGCCCCCUGUCUUCAGUGUGUCCUGGCCUCAAAACUGGCCCUGCGUCAGAACAACUGAACAAGGCAGCAAAGCCACAGAGCAGAGAGACGAAAAACUUACCCUGCGAUUGGGGCUGAGAGUUGCCCAUUGAAGCCGCCAAGUCACCAGGUAUCUAGGCGAGUAGGCGGAGACGUGGAGUGGUGUGUGGCGACCGUCGACGCCGACCAAGGCGAGCAACUUCUGCACCGCUGCACUUCUACCCAGUCUUCUGUGGGCCUUCUGGAGUUCAAUACUGGCGAUUUUUCCUUCAGGAGCAACUAAUUGCCUAAUUCACUUGAAAACUUUACGCAGUUCCGGGUCUCCAUAAUUAUAAAGACGGACACUACAGAGAAAGAACCUUAGUUCCAUUGCCAGAAGAAGAAGAAAGGGAAUUGGAUUUGGAGGACUCUAACUAUGUCGACAGCAACCUACCCCCCGCCGCCCCCAUUUUACAAGCUGUACAAGGGCUACCUAAAGGACCCGAAAUCCGCUCCUGAACCCCCUCCUCCUAUUGAGGGCACAUACAUUCUUUACGGGUGCAAUUACACUACUGAGGAUGUGCUUCCAAGUUUGGAGGAUCAGGGUGUUCGCCAGUUAUAUCCAAAAGGGCCAAAUAUUGAUUUUAAGAAGGAACUGAGAUCACUCAACAGAGAAUUGCAGCUGCAUAUAUUGGAGCUUGCUGAUAUUCUAGUGGAGAGGCCAUCACAGUAUGCUCGUAGAGUGGAAGAAAUAUCUUUAAUAUUCAAGAACUUGCAUCACCUUCUCAAUUCUUUACGGCCGCACCAGGCCAGGGCAACAAUUAUCCACAUCCUAGAACGUCAGAUACAACAGCGUAAACAAGCCGUUGACGACAUAAAAAGGAGAAGAGAAGAAGCACAAAGGCUUCUGAAGGAGGCCGUUGGAACCCUAGACGGAAGCAAGUAUUAAAUAUUAUUCAACGGGCUUGAAGAAGCAAGGGUAUUAUAUAAUAUGGCCUGUGCAACGAUAGGGACAUUAUGGUGGUUACAUUGUUGGUCAUUUCUAAGUAAUCAGCCACUCCUUUUUUUUCAAAUCAAUGUGGUUUCAGGCUUACAUCACUCAGGAGAGCAAAUAUUUUUUCUCUAACUUUUGUGCUUUCUGUGUAUGGCUUGCCUUUUGCCCAAUUUUCCAGUUUGAAUUGCCGUGAUAGUUGAUUAUCUUCAUGUCCUAAAUUUGGUGCAAGUUGGUUUACUAUUUACAAUUUUUCUCUAACUUUUGAUUUUUUUUCAAAUUCUGAAAUGCUGC